UCUUCACUUAAUGGGGGUUUAUUUUACCAUUUUUAACCCAUAAUUUCACCUGAAUACUUCUAAAAAGUGCCAAUUGUUUCAUCCUUUGGAUAAUUACAAUGCAUAUUUAAGAUUAAUGUUUAAAUGCUUCAAAUGCUAUGUGUGUGUAAUUUUUUUUAUAAUCCUGUUUUUUUUUGGUUUAGUCAUUGUGAUCAAUUGCUAUGUAGCAUUCAACUAGUUGCUACACAUGACAAUCUCUAUUUCAAUAUUACUUCUUCUUCUGCUUCAUAUGAAUAUCACAGUAAUCUGCGUACGAUCUGACAUAGUCGAAAGUUCUUGAGGAAUUCGAUUAGUAUUUGAAAUAGGUUGUCUUGUUAAGUGCUUUAUGGCUAAUAUAGAAAAUCUACUUAUAGUCAUGACCACACUGUACAUCCUCUAGCCCUUUCUUACUGAGGUUUUUCAUCAUUUUAGGUGGUUUGGUUAAAAUACAGAUUAAUUCCAAAGUAUAAAAUGGAAAAAAUCUUCCCUUCUGUUGCUCUCAUGCAUCUUUUGCAUGAUCAGUGGUCCAUAUAUCAUACCUCCCUUAAAGUGGCUCAAUGACAGUAUUUGGAAACAGGAAACUAAAUUCAAAAUGGAUCUCUUAUAUUAGGUUGCAGGUUUAUUGAUUUUCUAAAAUCUAUUUAAUGCAAAUUUGCAGGUUUCUCGAUUUUCUGAAUUCAUCUAAAAUUCUUUUUUCUAUAAAUGCUGGUUGCAUAUAGUAACCCCACACCCCUCUCCUUUUGCUUAUAUAUCGAACAUGAGCUCUGCUCUGAUAGUAAUUUUCAUGUUAUCUGUGGUGCUUUAUAAAGUUAAAAGCCUUAAAACUAUGAACUUUGAUUAGUUCUGUAAUUACAACAUGACUUCUAGGUUGUAGCAAUUAUAUCACUACUCUUUUCUUGGCAAUUAAAACACGAUUAGUUUUAAAAGGAAACAGAAGUUAGUGUCUGGGUGUUGCGUUAAAGAGGUUGUGCUAUAUUUACAGCACUAACUAAAGUUCAAAAUUUUAAGACUACUAGGCCUAGGCAUUGUUCAUGGAGUUAAACUGUUUCUCAGUAAUUCAAUAUUAGACUCUGAUGCUUUCUAUGUUAAUCUUUGAUUACUCAACACAUUAAGUUAAUGGAAAUAAAUAAAAUUCAUUUCAAGCUUCAGAUUAUGUUAAAGGCUCUCAUCAUACACUAGUUUUUUGGAUGUUUGAAGUUGCUGAUAGUCUCUAUAUUGUCAAUUGAAGAUGGAAUUUGGAUAUUCCUUUCCAUAAAUUUACUAAUUUUUCCUAGCUCACGCAAAUCAUAACUCAGAAAAAAAAAUUGGACAUCUAGCAGCAUUAUGCAAGGGUUUGCAAUAAUUUUGUUUGAUAAAAGAUAAGUGAAUAAUAAUUAAUCUAUACAUAUUAUAAAGAAGCCUUGUUUUUGUUUGCCUAUUAUUACAUCCCUAUUAUAUACUUCAAUUUAAUGAUAGACUUAUCAAUUCAUCAAUUAUCAUUAUAAAAUUUGUAUUCUCAUGAAUUUUGAAUUUAAAUGCUUGUUAUGUUGUAAAGAUAGUAAUGUAAUUAAAAAUGAAUAGGUUUUCUGUGAUGUUUUUUUUUUCAUAUCUGAAAUUCUUCAAGAUUUUGAAAAUAUUAUCUAUUUUUACAUAUUUAUCUACUCCAUUAACCCAAUACUUCGUGUGUGUGUGUCACACGUACCAUCCCGCUAGUUUGUGUAAAAGCACUUGCAACAUCCUUUCCACAAAUCCAAGUGUAUACAUUUUCAUUUAUCUUAACCUCCUUUUAGAAUUUACAUGUCUAAUAACAUGUGAGGCAAUUAGUUCUUACUGCAUUGGAGCUUUCACAGCCAUAGUAACUAGCAAUUCAAACCAAGAUAUUUCCAAAUAAAUCACCAAUAUAAAUGCUCUCGACGAAUUGACUUUUAUUUAGCACUUCUUAAUUGCUUUCGACGCCAAUGGUUGGUGCCAGAUUUAUUUUCGACGGUUACAACUUGAUAAACAACAAAAUUAGUUGAAGUCAUAGAAUGGCUGUAAGGACUUGCAUUAUCUCUACAUUGGGAUAAAAAAGCAUAGCCUUAAGUUUCCUUCAAGCGGUUGAUUUAUCUUGUACUACACGAGGAAUGUGAAUAACGUGACCAGAUAGUGAUUCUCAGACACCUUUUUCAUACGUUUGCACAAAAUUCUGAAACGUGGCUAGGCUUUGUAAUGGCUCCUGCCCCAACUCACUAUAAAAGCAGUACCCAGCGGAGAACAUGCACACCAUUGAAGCUAUACAUAUCAGUAUAUGUGCUUGUACCUGCUUCAAAAAUAUCUCCUUCCUUAAGAAAUUAUUCUUGUUUUUUUAGAAUACUUAGCUCAAAUGGAUCAUGAAGUUGCCAUUGCUAUAUACAAAACUUGGGCUGAUGAAAACUAUGAUAGACUUUAUCAUAGUUAUGCAUAUGUUACUUUCUUGGCAGGUGAUGGUGAUUAUGUGAAAGGUGUUGUUUGUCUGGCAAAGGGAUUAAAGAAGGUGAAAGCAGCUUAUCCACUGGUGGUGGCAGUUUUAUCUGAUGUGCCAGAGGAUCAUCGCAACAUCCUCUUGAACCAGGGAUGUAUCAUUCGUGAGAUUAGACCAGUUCACCCACCUGUCAGCAACAAGGGGAGCUCAUUUGCCAGGGAUUAUUUUGCUGUCAACUACAGUAAACUUCGGCUUUGGAAGUUUACGGAGUACUGGAAGAUGAUUUACCUGGAUGCAGACAUCCAAGUGCUUGGCAAUAUGGACAACCUCUUUUCUAUGCCUUCUGGUAUCUUCUAUGCUGUGAUGGAUUGCUUGUGUGAGAUGGAUGGUGUCCCUUGUCCACAUGUGGUCCAAUGGCCUCAAGAACUGGGUGAAAGACCUCUUGCUUAUCUAAAUUGUGGCAUGUUUAUUUUUGAACCUUCCCGUUACACAUAUGUCCGCCUCCUGCGCACCCUUAAAGUCACACCAGCCACCCCGUUUGCAGAGCAGGAUUUCCUUAACAUGUUCUUCAAAGACAUCUCGAAGCCACUCCACCAUAUCUACAACUUGCUACUGCCAAUGCUUUGGCGCCACCCCGAGGAAGUGGAGCUUGACAAGGUGAAGGCAAUUCACUUCUGUCUCCCUGGUUCAAAGCCGUGGGACUAUACCGGGGAAGAGGAGAAUAUGGAUAGAGAAGAUGUGAAAAUGUUGGUUUCCCGCUGGUGGGCAAUGUAUUGCGGUGCUCCAGUGGACCUCCCCUGCACUAGAGCUUGGCAGGGUUAUAAUGGAGCUAGUAGGUGGGGAUGGCUUUUUAAUGGAGCUAGGAGCUGGGGUUUCAACUGGGGAUUUUUAACUGGAGCUAGUAGCUGGGGUUCUGGCUGAUGAUAAUGUAUCUUUUACCUAAAUAAAGGAGGCUCACAAUAGAUGUGGAUGCCUUUAGUUUGCAUGUUGCAGUCGGAUUUGCUCAUAACCUUUGCAUCUGCGAUGCAGGAGAACUAUCUAUAUUAUCCAAACUUAUUUGUACCAUUGCAGUGCAAACUUGUGUGUAAAUCUCUACUUAGACAUGUUUCUAUUACUAUGAAUAAAGAAGGAUUUUCUUUUCUCUCAA